UAAUUCAUUUUAGGUGGUAUGACUCACGGCACGUAGUCAGUUUUUCCAACAUGGACAAUAAAGACGGCAGUUCAGGUGACGUCCAAGAAAAAACGUCAGACUUUUACAAAACAAAUAACUUACCCAGCCGUUUUGAAUAUCCAGGUUUACAAAACUACAGCAACACCAGACGAACUCCAACCAAUCUGUUCUACGCGACUACCUAUAAUGAUUACGGAUACUUCCCGCCAACUGUGCACACUGUGAGAAAAUGUUAUCAUGGAAAGUCACAGCGAUUCGGGCAAGAACAGUUUAUCAGAGGAAUGUAUAGAGACCACUCGUUGAAUAUGUGAACAAUAUCUGCAAUUCAUCCAUAAUAUUAUAUGACAAUAUUGAUGCGUCAUAAUAUAUCAAUCGUUUUCAAUCAAAGUACGCUAACUUUUAAUAAUUAUUAACACUUAAUACUAUUGUGUAUAUUUACCUACGUAAAAAUAACGUUUCCAUUUAAAUAAUAAUAAUAUUGUUUAUAUGAUCGUGUUGGUUUGAUUUGAAGUUUUCUGUUGUAGAUACUGAAGAAGUAGAGCUAAUUAUAGAAUCAUAAGUUAAUUCAGGUUUCAUGUGAUUUUUCAUUAUACAUACAUAAUAUUAUGCCUUUAGUCAAAAAUUGUAUUAAAAUAGAAUUAUCUCGUAUCUUUUUAAUGUAACACAAUAUUUAACACAUUUAAAUUUUGAAUUAAAUGAAUAAAGUUAAAGUACUCCGUGUGGCCGAGUUAAUAUGACACUAACUGAUGGUUUCUACUACUAAUCCUCCAUACAAUACAUUUAAGGCGAAAAUACGAUGAUUAAUUAAAAUAUAAAAUAAA